AUGGCGGUGACGGCGGCGAACCUGUCGACGUUCGGCGGCAUCGCGACGGUGUCGCUCGUGCACUCGCUCAUCCCCACGCACUGGCUGCCGUUCAGCGUCGUGGGACGCGUGCAGAAAUGGACCAUCCACCAGACGCUCUCCAUCACCGCGCUGGGAGCAUUCCUGCACGUGCUAUCCACGUCCAUCCUCGGGUUCACCGCAGUCACCAUGGCACACACGCUCGCAGGCGAGGAGGCAGUGGAAGCCAUCGCGUCCCUCCUCUUGCUCCUCCUCGGCGCCUGCUACAUAGCCCUCUUCCUCCUCACCCGCGGAAAACCCUCCCACUCCCACUGCCACGCGCACGCCCACCUGCCAACAACCAUGGCUGCUGCUGCCGCCGCCACUGCAGCCGCCACCGGAACCUCCUCGCCUGGUGGCUCCGCUGCUGCGUCGUCGAAAAGCGCGAACGCGAGUGGGAAGCCGGAGGGGAUGGAGAGGAUCGCAGUGCUGGGGUUGGUGCUGGUUCCUGCGCUCUCCCCCUGUGCCACGACUCUCCCGGUGUUUCUGGCUAUCAGUGACGCGUCGGUGGGCACCAUGGCCAUUGCAGUGGCCGUGCUGCUCGCCUGUACGCUCUUUGUCAUGCUCACUCUUGUAGCGCUUUCCUUCUACGGGGCUUCACAGGUGAAAUUCGGGUGGCUGGAGCGGUACGAGAAGCUGGUGGUGGGAGUGAUCCUGUGCGCCGUGGGCAUUCUCACUCACCUCUUUCACCACCAUGACCACCCACACGGGCACCACUCACACGGGCAUGCAGGGCAUGCGGGGUCUGUGUUUGCACCAGGGCACACUGACAUCAUCACAGCUGGCACCAUGCUGAGCCACCACCACUGA